AUGUGCGUCUUCGAGACCGAAGGCAUCAAGUGGGGCUGCGGGCACUACCAGGUCACCAACAAGACUGCCAAGAUCGACUGUUACAACCGCUAUUGCUCGCACUCCCGCAGCCACCCGCCAGACUGUACCGGCAGUCGUUGCGCAUGCGACAAGUUCUAUGGCCCUGAUGCCAAGGAGGUCGUGAUCGCCAAAAACCCCGAUUACUGCUCCUCCUGCCACUACUGGUUCCGCGGCAAGGGCGCCAUGACAUCACGAUGA